AAGUGUGGGUGUGUAUGUGAAAGCUUAUCUUUAUAAGAGACAACUGUUUACGCAUUUCUUAUUGUAUACUUCUAGACGAGAGAAAUCUAAACAUGUCUACGAUACAACUGUUCGUUUCGUUCUGCGUAUUCGUGCUCUCGGCAGGUGAAAUCCAAGAAAUUACAGUCCCAAACGAUGCCUGGGAUGGCACGCAUUCUGUCCUCUGUGCUACCAUUAAAGUUGCUCCAGAUUCGUACAUCUACUCUUUUCAACCAAUUCGUAAACCAAAGACUGUCCGUCAUAUAAGUGUGGCUCUAUGUGAUGCUGAACUUGAUACAACGAAAGUCUGGGAUUGUAAAACACCGAAAGAAGUUUGCCCUAACGGAUACAGUGAUGCAUUGUGGGCUGGAGCGAAAGAUGCUCCAGGAUGGAACUUACCAAAAGACUAUGCCUUUCAUGUUAAAAAAAAUUACAACUAUGUCGUAGUUCAAAUACACGCUCCCGUGAAUAUGACACUGAACAGUACGAAAUCUUUCAAUCGUAUGGGAGUCAAACUUGGCAUCACUACUCAGAGGCCGAAAUAUAUAGCAGCUCUCGCACUGUUUGGAAAUAUGGGGUUCAUUCCUGCCAACACAAAAGAUUUCCCCGCGGACACUGCUUGUAAUUGGAAAUACAGUGAUACGCCUCUCUUUGCAUUUGGAAUCCACUCACAUACCAUGGCAACAGCGAUAACAGGCUACGUAUAUUCUAAUAACUCCUACACUGAGAUUGUACGAGCUGACCCAAGAUAUCCAGAGCCAAUAAUCAACAUCGACGACCGUAAUAUCGUCUUGAAAGAUACAGAUAUCCUCUUGAUGCGCUGCACACUGACCAACCCAAAUGAUCAAAAAGCCAAGUUCGGAUACGAGCACACAGACCAAAUGUGUAACUUAAACUUGUGGUUUGGAAUACCAAAAGAAUAUGGAAAUGCAUAUAAACCGUUUGUGUGUGGCAGAGAUGCACAAAAGUUUAGUUUGGAAGGCCACGGCUUCGUCUUACCCGAAAAUGCUAACAAGCCAGACAUUGAAGGUUACAAGAAACUGAUGUCGCAAUUCAAUUUGACAAUGACGUCAUAUUAACAAGAUUGAACAAAGCGACUUUGAAUCUCAAGAAAGGUUCCCUUACGAUAGUGGGUCAACUUGAAUAAUGCAUUCCCGUUUCUGUUUUGUCUCUCUCAUCUUUUUUCUUUGCUCCUCUCAGAUUUUUCUCUCAUUUUUUUCUUCAUUCUAUCAGUCUCUUAAUCUAUCUUUCUAUAUUUUUAUUCCUCUCUGUAUUUCUUUAUCUCACAUUCCUAUAUUUACUGUAGUUAAGCUACCUCUCGCGUGGACAAUCGCUCUUCGAGCCGGCCUACCAUCACAGAUGUACCGAUUUUGACCAUUUUGUUCUUGUGUAUAUCUAAGACUAUUUCAUCCAAUAUGGUUUCCAUUAUGCUUAAGACGGUAAGGCGUGAUUCAAGAAAACUUGGCUGCUAUAUGUGGCAAGUCAAGCGACCGCCUACAAGCUCCUUGAUCAUUGGUAAUCAUAUGAACGAGCUAUAAGCUCAAACGAAAUCACCAUAAUUUACAUUAGACUACUGAAAAUUAAACAGAAAAAGAGCAUCACAAAGUCAGAAGGAUGAAUGGAGUUUGUUUACGUUGGAACCGAGAUGAAUUCUUCUUAACAUUGAUACGAACUAACGUGUUUAUAUAUGUAUCUCUCAAAGAAAUGAUAUAUACACCGUCUCUAGAUUUUCUAGAAGAGGCAGCGAAACCUCUUUCGAAUAAACAACCCUAAUGCCUUUGAAUAUACAUAUA